AUGAAUAUUGGUGAUGAGGACAUGGAGAGGUAUGAUGUAGUGGGAAGAAGCCGCAAUCACAGGAUGUUGGAUGUCCCGAAGACGAAGUCCUACGGGUGGUUGCACUACCUGCUGUUGAUUGCUGUCAUUAUUUCUAUUCUCCUCAGCCAUCUCUUUAUUGUCAGCCUUGCCGACUCAGCUCUAAGUGAGGGUCCAUAUAACGCAACUAUUAUUGAUGAAGCUACUCAUAGGCCGAGACAAAAAACUAGAAGUGAGCUGACUGCUGAAGAUAGAACUCAUCUCACUCUAAAUGCCAAAGCUAUGAAUGAUGAAGAAGACACCAAGGUGAGAAAGAGCAUUGCUCUAAAAGCCUCACAAGAUGAAGAUGAAACUGCCUCACAGGAUGAAAAUGACUUGGAAGAUGUUCAAGAAGAACUAAAGAAGUUAGCAGUCAAUGAUCAUGACUCUGCUUCACCAGAGACUGAUUUAAAGGAUGCUGAUAUUCAGUUGGAAGAACAGAGCUCUGAAGAAAACAUUGCUGGUGGAAACAAGGAACCAGAACAGGCUGUCCGGGGUGAUAAAGCUGUCACAAAGUCCUCUGCUAAAAGAAAGAGGUCUGCAAAGAGGAAGAGCACUCCUCAAUCCAAGAAAAAGCAGUUUGCUGAUCCCUCUGAUGAUCAGCAGAAUGAAGGAAACACCACUGGGAGUCAGAAAACUCCUGAACCCUCUACUAGGAAAUCUCCAAGAACACGGACUGAGACUCAAAAUGCUGAGGCAUCUGCCACACAAACUUCACAAGGGACACGUUCUGGGAAGAAUCCAGAGACUGUUGCUGAGUCUAAAAGAAAAAAUUUUCAUGAAACCCCUGUCACUCCUAGGACUCCUCGUGAUCAGUCAGAUUUUGUCUCCCCUUUCACCAUUCAUCCUAGGAAGUCUACUAGCAGGUCCUUCGCAUCAAAUUCUGAAGUCAUCUCCUUGCUUGAAGACCUUAAACAGCAUGUCUUGCUUAUUGAAGAAGGACCAACUACUGGUGCUGAGACUACACCAGCUUCCAGUUCUCAGCCCAAGGAUAAAGGCAAGGCUCCAGCAACUGAGGAAUCAGAUGAAGAUAGUGAUGAGGAAACUAAAGAAGAAGAGGAUCCUGCACAGUAUCGUCUGCUAAAUGAUUGA